UCUUUUUAAUAUACUUUUUCAGUUUUUUCCAAAAUGCAACGUUGGAUCUGCCACGUUGAUUCUCUUCCUUCUAAUAUUCUUUUCAUGCUUCUCUGAAGUUGAAGGUUUUGUAUUUAAUACUUUUGAUGUUGGAUUCAUUACUGCAACAAUUUUUUAUUUUGUUUUGGCAAUUGCAGCAGCUGGAGGUGUAUACUAUUUAUAUAAAAAAGGAUGGUUUACAAUUGAAAGAACGAGAGUUCGAAAUCAAGAGAAAAUGCCGCAAAAAAACCAUUUGGAUAGUAUUUAUGGUUGAAGAAGAAAUAAUAAAUAAAGCCAAUCACAACAGCAACAACAAUAAAUGUAGAGCCAGAACCAAGUACAAAUGA